AAAAAGGCCAAAGAGAGGGAAAGCGAAAGCGAAAUCGCAGAUUAUGAUGCUCCAGCGCAGCAUCAUCUUCACAAUUCACAACACAGUAUAGCGGCAGAGAGAGUGGAUACUUAUCCUGGCACUGUAGAAGAGCGCAGUGGACCAGCCAGAAGCAGCAGGGGACGAGCGAGACAUGGCCGGUGUCGUGCCGCUGUCCGGGAAAUCGGGCAGGAAACAGUGGACCCUUCACGAUGGACCUAAAGGUUCUCUGAGAAGACUACGCUCUCAACUAGCUGAAGAUGGUUGCCCUGAGUCUCAAGUUGUAUUAGCUAAACAAUUGUUGGAUGAAUGUUGUGAACUAGAUGUUGACAAAGAGGAAAAUGCCAAAUUGGGUGUUUACUGGUUGACCAAAGCCUCAGAGCAAGGAAACUUGGAAGCCACAGAUAUGCUAUGCAAAUGCUUGGCCUCUGGAAGAGGAAUCACUGAGCAGAAUUACUAUGAUGUAAAAAGCUGCCUAGACAUGUCUCAGGAUGAAAAGCUAGCCAGAAGGGCUGCCAGAGAAAUGUUCACAAAUUUAUCAAAUGGCGAAGAAUUCAUCACAACCGAACAAUUGCAAAGAUGCAUGAGGAACUUGGUGUUUCCUUCCACUAGUAAUGAUAAUAAAUUCAGAUACGUAAAUGGCAAAAGUCAUCUUCAAAGGUCCUUGACUGGAGACAGUUGCGAUCAAGAUUCACAAUCGGAGGAUGAUUCGACUCAGGACGAAUCUUACAAAGAGAAAGAAAAAAUCGAAGAAAUACCCCCAGACUGGUCGGAACAUCAAGGCGAAAAAAUAAGCGAGGCGGCCCUCGUAUCUGCCGCUGCAUCGUACGCGCGAGGCGCGCUACCAGUGGUCUCUCGAGUGAUCUGUUUGGUGGAACCAGCUCAGAUGGACCUCGAUGCCGUGCCACUGUUGCAACGUCCCUUCGUCCACCCUUUAGCCUCUCUAAAGCGCUUUUACAUCUGGCUAGUGGAAACUCUCGGUCACCGAAAUUUACCUCUGCGCAAAAUCUUCUUCACGAGUCAUUUGCACACCUUACUCUUGAUCCUCUUGCACGCGCUUCUCGGCGCCGAGAGCGUCGUGCUGUUCGUACCCCUGGCAUUCUACUAUCUGUCAUUCGUCGUAAUGAUUCUCGCAACGUUCCAGAUACUUCAACGAAAGCGCGAACUUUCUGAUCUGAGGGUAUGGUCGAGGCUAUUCUUAAGCUACUCGGGCGGUAGUUUAAAUCCCGAAGAAGCCGAGUACCAGUACUGUCGUAACAAUAUCAAACCGUACGCUCACUUCUUCCUCGCGUUGCUGCUCAAUCUCAUGCUCUUUCCAAUAGUAGCUACUCAAUGGACGCCUCAGUCCGAGUUUACCGUUAUAGCUUUGGCCCUUACCAUCGUAACUUUGUUGAAUUUUGCUUGGCGCGACGGGAGCUCGAGAUUUCCAGAUUUACUGGCGCUGUUCAGUUUCGGUGUAAACGUCCUGGCCAAGUACCCCUACGAGAUGGACGAGGUGGUUGCGGAAACCUGGCGCUUUCUCGACAUCAAAGUCCCCACUUUUGCUUCUUACGUCGUCGGCAACGGUAUAGAGUUCUGUCUAAACUUUCGCGUUGUGUUUUAUCUCCUGAUACCCGCGGUGUUCGUAAAAAUGGCCGCAAGGGACAAUUGGCGUGGGACUUACAAGUCGCUCAUACCACACUGCGUGUCCCUCAGCUGGUGGCAAUUGGCCGUCCUCAGUUCGCAGAGUGCUACGUGGUACGGAUUGAUUCGAGGUGCAUUGGCUCUGGUUGGCAUGGUACUGUUUCUACCGAUCGUUGGAUUAGCUUCGAUCGUCCUACCAAUCGUCGCUGCCGUCAAGUACUUGUCCGAGAGCGAUUUGGUCAUGAGAAUCGGGAUGACAGUCACGCUCGGGGGCAUACCGUUUUUGGCCUCUUGGUACUCGAGAAAAACCAGGACAUCGCGCAGGCUUAACUGGAUUAUCACUUGCAUGCAGAUCACUUUCGGUACCAUUGGUGGGGCCUUUCUCUUGUGGCCAAUGUUGAUCGGCUACAACGACGUGACGGACAUUAAAACUAAUCCGUUCGAGGUGAUUUCGUCGGAUCUGUCAUGGGAGCAGUACCAAAACUACUGUCAUCAGCCAGCUUGGGAGGAAACAGCGUCCAAGGCGCAAAUCCAAGUCCAGUGCGCUCAGCUCGAAGGCGUUUCUAUAUCUUGGGAAGGCUACAUUACCAACAUUCGCGUCAAAUCCAUCCGCAAUAAUCUUGCUCUUGUGCUCGAUCAACUUCCUGAUGUAAUGGCUAAUCCGUUGCGUUGUGCUUUUGGUGAGCCUCACACGGAUGAUUGCAACAAGUACACCAACGAAUUGCGCAAAUUGAACUGUAAAACGAAUCUGAACGUUCGAAGGAAAAAGAGCCGGUGUCAUCUAUUCGCUUGGAAUCAGCACGAAUUUGAGAUAUCUGUGAAAAUGAAGAGCGGCAUAUGGGUAAGCAACGCUCAAGUACAUCUAUUGGGUGACAACUCGUUCGCCAACUUCAGCUUGAACAUCUACCCUGGCGACAAAAUCUGGUUUACCGGUACGUUGUCGAAUCUCGGACUCGAGAGUGAGUCGUUGUUGGGAGGUUCCGGUCCUCACGUCAUGCUCCAAGAAGCUGGCUGUCACGUUUGCCAUGCCAUUGAUCUCAAGUCGUACAAGAGGCAGAGCUAUACAAUUGGCGUAAAUCAGAUCGCGAGAGGCGUUUAUUUAGGUUCCAAGAUGGUUCUGAACUUUCUUUUCAAUCCCAUCGUGAUAUUCAAAUAGAUAUCAGACUGAUUUCUUUCUCUCUUUUUUUUUUUUUUUUUUUUUUUUUUU